UAUCACGGGACCGCAGGACAAGGAUGGGCCGUAGCUUUCCUGGCGGUAUUCCCGAGUGUAGCUUGGGGUAAAGUUUCAGUACCACAAGCGGUAACCCCGAGCUACACUCGGCCUCACCAUGCGGCGCUGCUGCCUCCGGGAUCUGUUCUUCUCUUACCUUGUCCUGUGCUCCCGCGAUGUCCCUCCUGCAGUGUCCCCUGUAAUGUCCCCCGGAGGAUGCCAGCAUCUGUCUUCUGGGUUCCGUCCCCUGCAACGUCGGGAUGUACGGGGACAGAACGGUAGGAAAUUUGAAAAUGACAAAAAGUGA